AUGGUCCGUUUCGGAUUGACGGCGCUGCUCUGUGCAGGCCUGUCGGUUGCUGCCCAGGAUGUUGAGAAACCCAAGGAAGCUAUCACUGCUGCUCAUAUCCCUGGAGCAUACAUUUUUGAGUUCGAAGAGAACCACGACACUGCCAAGUUCUACAAAGAGGCAGAUGGCCAGUCCACCACUCGUGUCAAGUUCGACUACGACCUUUUCAAGGGCGUGUCUAUCCAAUUUGACGAUGUCGAAUCUGCAGAGGACCUGGCUGCCAAGAUGGCUUCCCUUCCGGUUGUCAAGAACAUGUGGCCCGUCAAGGUCUACGGCAUUCCCACUCCUCGUAUCGAGUGGACUGCCACGCCUGGAAUGAAGGCUCCUCUGCAGAAGCGUGGUGCGAACGACACUGACACUUUCUCGCCUCAUGUUAUGACUCAGGUUGACAAGUUGAGGGCCAAGGGCGUUACCGGACAUGGCAUCAAGGUUGCCGUUAUCGACACUGGUAUUGACUACGAGCAUCCCGCUCUGGGAGGCUGCUUCGGCCCCGACUGCCUUGUUUCCUUCGGCACUGAUCUUGUCGGCGACAAGUACGAUGGAUUUAACGCCGUCUUCCCCGAUGAGGACCCCAUGGACUGCGCUGGCCACGGCACUCACGUUGCCGGCAUCAUCGCCGCGCAGAACAACAAGUACGGCUUCACAGGUGCAGCCCCCGGCGUAACCCUCGGCGCGUACAGGGUCUUUGGCUGCUCCGGAGAAGCAGGCAAUGACGUGCUUAUCGCUGCCUUCAACCAGGCUUUCCAAGACGGUGCCGACAUCAUCACUGCGUCCAUCGGUGGACCUAGUGGCUGGUCUGAGGAGCCGUGGGCUGUUGCUGUGUCGCGCAUCGUAGAGAAGGGCGUGCCUUGCACCGUCUCUGCUGGCAACUCUGGUGACGUCGGUAUGUUCUAUGCCAGCACGGCUGCGAACGGAAACAAGGUUAUGGCUAUUGCCUCGUACGACAAUAGCGACUACAUGUCCCUCCUCAACAUCUCGCACUACUCCGUCAACGGAAGCAGUGACAGAAUCGGCUUCGGAAUGACCGCCGGUACACCCGCUGCUUGGAAGAACGUCACCCUUCCUCUCUGGGCACCCAACCUGGAUGUCACUGUUACCAACGGCGGCUGUGAUCCUUACCCUGCUGACACCCCCGAUCUGAGCGGUUACAUCGUGUUGGUGCGUCGUGGAUCGUGUACUUUUGUGCAAAAGGCCCAGAACGCGGCCAAGGCAGGCGCAAAGUAUUUCCUUGUCUACAACAACGCCGGUGGAGCUUCAGAGAUUGACGUUUCUACCGCUAACGGUAUUCUCGCUGCUGGCAUGGUCACCUCCAAGGUUGGAGCCACGUGGAUUGGCCUUUUGAAGAAGGGAUCCAACGUUACUCUUGAGAUGUCUGAUGGAUCCGAUGGAGAGAUCAUCCUCGAGGAGAGCAAGAACGACAAGACUGGCGGCGCGGUCAGCACGUACUCCUCGUGGGGACCUACCUGGGAGAUGGACGUCAAGCCCCAGUUUGGCUCACCUGGUGGAAACAUCCUUUCGACGUACCCUCUCAAGAAGGGCGGUUAUGCUGUUCUCUCCGGUACUUCCAUGGCCUGUCCCUUGAUUGCCGCAACCAUUGCUCUCAUUGCCGAGGUCCGCGGUACUCUCGACCCCGUCACCAUCGAGAACCUUCUCUCGUCCACUGCCAACCCCCAGCUCUUCAACGACGGAACUACCUUCUCUGACUACCUCGCCCCUGUCCCUCAGCAAGGUGGUGGAAUGAUCCAGGCCUACGAUGCUGCCUACUCUACCCUGCUGCUGGACAUUUCUAGCAUUUCUUUCAACGACACUGACAACUUCAUCAAGGUCCGCAACUUCACCCUUCACAACACGGGCAAGGAGGAGGUUACUUUGGAUGUUUCCCACAUUCCCACCAAGAGCGUCUACACACUUGAGGCUGACAGCAUCUACGCUUCUGCCUUCCCCAACGAUGUCGCUGAUGCUCAUGCUACUCUCAAGUUCAGCGAGGCCAAGGUCAGCAUUGGUGCUGGUGAGAGUGUCACCAUCGAGGUGUUGCCCACUCCUCCUGAAGGCCUGGUCGCCAAGCGUCUCGCUCUUUGGUCUGGAUACAUCGCCGUCAAUGGCUCCGACGGAUCAUCCCUAUCUCUUCCCUACCAGGGCAUGACCGGAUCUCUGCACGAUGCCCAAGUUCUUGGCUCCGAGGAUACUUGGAUCAGCAAGUCCAACGACAAGGACAAGCUCACCCCCGUCCCCGCCAACACAACCUUCAUUCUCCCUGCUCAGGGCCAGAAUGCCACAGACGAGAAGCCCGCCCCGGCACUCGCCUGGAACCUCGCCCUCGGUUCCGCCAAGCUGGAAGCCGAAUUGAUCCCCGUCGGUGGAAACUCGACCUCCAAGAGUCUUGGUGCUCCUGCUGGAUUCCCUAUGCUCUGGAACCCAAUGGGCAAGGGCUCUGUUGUGUGGAACGGUAAGCUGGCCGAUGGUGGUUAUGCUCCUGCUGGAAAGUACAAGGUUUCUUACAGGGCGCUGAGGAUCUUUGGUGAUGAGAAGAAGGAGAGUGAUUGGGAUAAGUCCGUGUCGCCUGUUUUCGGUGUCAAGUAUCCUUGA